AUGUUCUUCAGUGACUUUGUUCUGCCUGCCAGACUGGACACCCUCCCAGCACCUGCAGCUGGGCUGUCCUCCCUGGUGGCAGGUCUAGUUUCAGGUCCCAGCUUCUUCCGUUAUGACCUGCCUGGUGUAACAAAUUCAACAAAUGCAAGCAACCUCUGUGGGUUGAACAGCAUCCCUGCAUGUAAAGACAUUCAGCCCUUGGGGAGAGGUUCUGCAGGUGGGGGCAGCAAAAGGGAGAGUCAGGGCCUGGAGUUGGCAUCUGACUCCUGGUCCUUUUGUCGUGAGCUCCUUGUUCCUGCAAAGCUGGCUGGGGUCAGCAUAGUGGGACAAAAAAAACUCCUCAAUGAGAGAGAUUGGAAAUCUCCAAUCUCCAUCCCAAAACAUGUCACCGAUGACUUGAACAUACCACCAGAUACUCAAGAUACAGAGGAUAGAUUCCACCUGUGGGAGAAUGACCCUCUGAAGAGAAGUUUGGAAUCAUCCUCAGAGCCAUUGGAGGGGACGUCUGAGAGUCAUGUGGGUGACAUUUCGCAAGAUCUUGUAGUGCCCCCAGUCCAGAGGAGAAAGCUAGAUCCACUCCCCAAAAAACAUAGACAUCUUAGGAAGGCUGUAAGGAAAAAGAGAACGAGAAAGAGCAAGAGGAAGGGGACAGUGGAGACCCACUGCUCCCUCAUUCUUCCGACACCUUUGGUACCACCACAAAGUGAAGACGAUGAGGUGGUGCAUACAAAGCUGACCCUACUCAGUGCCCAGGAAGAUGAUCUUGACCUUCCCAAUGAGGACAGAUUGCCAAGUCAGCAGAAUGAGGGUGCCUGUGUGAUGCAUCAGGAAUGUCAGAUCCAGCCCUGUGAGCUCUCGGUGGCCCAGGAGCCCGGGCCCUCUUCUCCUGCAGUGACAUCCGUGGUGUCACCACCACACUGCUUUGGUCGUUUCCUAAGCUGUGUCUGCCAGACCUUCUCAAGGUCUGGGAAACGGAAGCCUCCCAGAAGAGAGGGUACUGUGCAGGCUGAGGCAGGAGGUGAUGCUAAAGCUCCGAGACCCGGCCUGCUGAGGGGUCUGGGCAAAAACAAAGUGCAGCCUAAUUAAAGCCUGCAGCAAGUUGAAGUGGAUAUAGGUUUCCCUUGCCUUUAGUUUUAUAGUUUUCUCUAUGUGGUUUUCCUGUUAGCUGAGUUCUUGUCUAAGAGAGAGCUGCUUUUAUGCUGAGAUCCUCAAGCCUAAAGAGGUAGUGAAAGCAAAAUAACUUGCAGGCUUUUGAUGCUGUGCCCAGUAGUGGUAUUGCUGCCGACUGCUUCCCAUCAGGCCGAAGUGGGAGUCACUCUGGAGCAGUGGUUCCCAAAAUUCGUGUGUAUUUCACUCCAGUUGGCUUAAUUUUCACUGACUUCUCUAAGGAUGGAAGCCAUACAAUUUCAUCAUUCUGAGUAAUGUCUCCUGAUAUCUACCACCAAGUGGACACUUCUCAUGUCCAAUUGCUCUCAUUGUCUUUUACCUUUGGCUAGAGAAUCAUUUUGCAUUCUUCAUCUUCAGGACUUUUCUGAAAUUCUUCCAUUUCUACUUGAUUUGGAUAUGCCUCAUGGGUGGUGGUUGCUGCUGUCCUCAGACAGGAUAGCACUGUCACCUCCUUCAUCUCUAAGCAUUCUUCGGAUUUCUUUUGGUCACUUAUUAGUAACAUGCCUGGCUCUUCCCUCUGAAGUGUGCCUCUGGUGUUCUCUAGCCGUCUGUAUUGAAAACAGUCACACAAGGUAAUGUUACUUCCUCUUCAUUCUUUAGUCAGACUCUUGCAGAAUCCUGAGUUCUGAGAAUCCUAAAGAAAAUAAGUGCCUUAAAAAAAGUUCAAGAUCAUUUCAUUUUCCUCUUGUCCCAGCAUACUAGGUCAAUCCUCUUCCCAGGAUAUAAAAUAAGAGUUUAAAUUAAUCUUAUACCCUCCUUUGAGGGAGGAGAUUUAGGAAGAGUUGUAGAGUUUCCCUGUAGCUUUAAUUACCUAUUAUUUUCUACUUGUCCCAGUUUCCCAAUUCAUAUAAGAAUAAUAAAUAAAAGUACAAAUAUAAAUAAAUUUGCAGAGUAUCUGCAGAAGAAUGAAGUUGUAUACUUUAUUUUCUUUCUUCUUUAGGACUGACCCUGAUGGUUCUUACACUAGAAUUGGAGAAGAUGACCAGUAUGUUUGUUUGUUCUUUUCUCGCCUGGAACAGGGCUUUGUAUUGUUGGAAGAAUGUAGUUGGGAAGGGAAUAGAAUGAGUUGCAAGAGCAGUGGCAAAGAUCCUUAAGGCUGCCUUGGAGGUACUUGGUAAAAACCAACCUUGAAGAAGUCUUGUGGUGUGGUGAGGACCUCAAAUUAGAAUUAGAAAUUUUGCAAAAUGUCCUUCUCAGUGCUUAGAGUAAAAUGGGGCAACUUUCUAAAAGCAGUCAUGCUUUGAUACCUAGAGUUGUUUAAAAAGUGGUUGAUUUCUUGGUUUAGAGAGUAGGGAGUUUUAAUAGAGCUAAUUGACAUUAUAAAUGGGCUCGAGCUAUUACAUGAAAUUUCAAAUCACCUAAACUAUGUUUGUGUACAUAUUUUCUCAAUUUAAUACUACCAGGCAAAGCAUAAUGUACAUAAAGUCCUGAGUCAUACAGCCUGUUAUUAAAAGCUCAAAGGACAGUAGAUAUUAGUGUUGCUAUUAAUACUUUAUUAUUGUUAUUAUUUCUUGUCAUAAGGUAUUUCAGGAUGAGCUGUUCUAUCACAGAAAAACUAUUAGUUGGAGCCUAGUUAGCUGUAUCCCCAGCCCCAUGUACAAUACUGAUUUUUACAUAAAGUUUAUUUGCACCAAAUUUAGAGUACAGAUUUCAGAUAAGGAAAGAUCUGUGCAGGCACUUAGUUUUGAAACUCUUUUGCUCGUGGGUCUUGACCCCUUGCUCACAAAUAGGAGAAGGGGUGUCCACUUCUCCUCUGAUGCAUUUGUAAAUGAGAAAGUGUAUGUUCUCAGGGUUCAGAUUUUGUGUUGUCUUUAUGAUUUGAAUUAUUAAACAGAGUUUAUGGCUUAAUAAAGUUGUUUUUUGCAAAAUAUAUUUAGAAAAAUAGUACAGCUAUAUCAAAGUAAAGACAAAUUAAAAAAUAAAACCUACUACUGUUGAUGAGAGAUAAAGCUCAGGAGUCAUUUUUUAAAAUUGUUUCCUCACAAGGCAGAUAAACAGAUAUUGUAAGUGUCUUGCAAACAGAAAUAAUUGACAAGUAUAAAGAUUAUCAUGUUUAAUGUAUUUAGUUCCCUUUUUUUAAUGGGAACUCAAAGAACUAGGUAGGUAGCAGGUGUACUCGUUGCUACAGGUUGAUUAAGCUGAGAUUAAGCAUGUCAAUUAAACUUUUCCAGUGAUUUUCCCAAGAUUACUCAUGAAAUCUGAUAGGGAAUCAUAAUACAAGUUCUUCAAACAGAUGACUUACCUAUGGUUUUAUCUUCUAAGUGUGAUUGCUUUUGCUCUGGUUCCUGUCCUAGCAUUCCAGACUGAAAUGCUUCCUGCUGCCCAUUUUCUUUUUGUCACCUUGUCCUCGCAUUACUGUCCAAAUUCCAAAUAAUGUCAUCUUUACUCAUUUGGAAAAUUUUAACGUGGAAAAACUCUGGCUAAUGUAAAAUUAUACAAAGAACCAAUAAAGAAGGUUUACUUAUUAACUGAGUUUUAAAGAAAAAGUAGAAAUUAUCCAGUCCUGCCCUCUUAUUUUUCAGAGGAACCUGAAACACAAAGAAAUUAGGUAGCUCUCUCAAGAUAACAUAGCUGGUUAGUAGCAAAGCUAAAACAAAUAAUAGCUAACAUUAGAUUUAAUAUCGUGUUUUUUACUCAUCAUCUAUAAUCUUCAAGCAA